GUGCUUCGGUUACUGUGUUCCACGCUACUGUCGGAGGUAUUUCGACGGCUCUACUCGUCUCCAGAUAGUGAGUUACCCAUCGCAAAUCACCUCACCCGAUGUCAAAUUGAACCGCAUGAGCUGGAGACGGUGAUGUGUCUGGGUGCAAUCAUUUUGGCUUCCAGAAGUCUACUGCCCGCGAUGCUAACCGAUCAGCUGUUUGAGGGGGUUUUAUUCACCAAGAAGAGCGUUCUUCUUGGAAUUCUGAAGGGCGAAGUUCCUCUUGCCAACCCCGCGAUUGCCACCGCAGCCACUUUGACAUGCAUGCUAAUGGAAUCUGAAAACCUCGGUCUUUGUAACGUUUGGCCUCAAGACAACAAGAAGGAGCACCUGGACUACUAUUGCGAGCUCGCACUGUGUCUCUACACGCUUAUUCUGGAUCCGGCGGAAGAAUUCUUGCGUUACCUGGCGAUACGCGUGUUCGAUGCAUUUUUGAUGGUCACGGGUCCACUGAGCAUAGGAUAUGAAAUGAUCACAAGUGUAUGGAAUAGCAUUCUGCUGGAGCGCCUUCAAGCCGGUGUUUUCGUGACUAAUAAAAUCAACCUCUCGGUGCAUUACAUCGAUUUUGCCACGGCGCUGGUAAAAUCCAACUGCCCAGCAAUUCUAUUGUUCAUCGACAGACAAGCACUUUUGAAACUACUGGCCGUUUUCAUACACGACUCGUGUGAAUAUAACGGUGAAAUUAUGCGCAGUCUUUCACGGUUUGCAUAUGAGAUGAGUCGAGCCGGAAAUUUGGGCUUGCUGACUAAUACUGACUGUGCUUGUAUUCAGGCCAAAAUUCGUUUACAAUCAAUGAAAUACUCUGCGCCGAGUGCUUUGACGCUGCUUAAGGCAUACUUGGAAACUGAACACACACUGUGACUAUCGUUUUUAAUACACCUUUUUCGCACAUUUUCAACAGGCCUUAACACCAACAACUUUGAGGGUUUGUUUGUUGACAUGAAUUAAAAUGGCCAACGUUCUGUGAUAGUUUGCGUUCAGUUCAGUUGAACAAAUAUGAUCCGAGCAGCGAAGUGCGGUGGAUCCAGCUGCCAAGACACACUACAAGAAUAAUAAUAAACAACAGCAAGAUAGUGGGGUUGGACGCAAAUAUCAUGUAGAGAAAAUGGAAGCAAGGAGGUGCGUUAGACCAAUCAAAAUGAAACGGGAAUUAACAACCAGAUGCAAGAAGUCGAAUGCGGAAACGCCACUGACUGCGCCGUGUGUGAAAAGGUCCCCAACCGUUGGUGUGGACCAUCCCGAGGCCCCAACCCAAGAAGACGGUACGCACCAGCAUGUUCAAGUCUCUCAGUUAAUUUCGUCAAGCUUCAAUACCACGUCAUGGACUAGCCACCUCGUGUUUUCACCCAACUUGGUGCAGCCACGGCUUACAAUGCAUGCCGAAGAAGCCGAUCAACGGGCAUACAAUGAAACAAUACUUUGGGACGGGUAAAAAGUAAAGUAAAA